GCCCCGGCCGCGACGCGCGUCUUGGCGGCCGAGAGGGACGGACGGGCGGGAGGGGAUAUGCAGAUCAGGCGGCCGCUGAUAGGCGCCUGGCGGGCUCUCCUUUCUCUGCGCUCGGCCCCUCGCCCCAGCCUCCGCAUAAAGGCCGGCCCCGGCGGCCGGAGGGUCAGCUCAGCGGCGCCGGAGCCUUCGGAGAGCGCAGCAGCAGCAGCAGCCGCCCCAGCCGCGGUGGGCACCUGGCCGGGCCCCCCUCCCGCAGCCGCGCGGCUCCCCCGCCGCCGCCCGCCCAUAAGGCCAUCGCUUUCCCGCUUCAGCUACAGUGCUAGCUAAGUGGGGAAAGACCACCAAGAGAGGAGACCCGCUUGGCGCCGGAGAGGAAACUCCAGGAGCCGCCGCCGCCGCCGCCGCGCAACUGCCCGGAGCCGCCCCGCACAAGUCCAGAGAGCCAUGGCCCGCCCCGGCGCCGACGCGCAGCCCGACGGCCGAGGAUGCUGCGGAUCCUGCGGCAAUUACUUAACAUCUGCCAAAUUCCUCCUCUAUGUUGGCCAUGCCCUGUCCACCUGGGGGGAUCGCAUGUGGCACUUUGCGGUGUCUCUCUUCCUGGUCGAACUGUAUGGGAACAGCUUGCUUUUGACAGCUGUCUACGGACUGGUGGUGGCCGGGUCCGUCCUCCUCCUGGGAGCCAUUAUCGGCGACUGGGUAGACAAGAACCCGAGGCUUAAAGUGGCCCAGAUGUCCUUAAUCGUGCAGAAUGCGUGCGUCAUCUUAUGCGGCAUCCUCCUGAUGAUGGUUUUCCUCUUCAAGACCGAGCUGGUGGCCUUGUAUCAAGGCUGGAUCCUUACCCUGUGCUACAUCCUGGUCAUCACGAUCGCCAACAUCGCCAAUCUGGCCAGCACCGCCACCGCCAUCACCAUCCAGAGGGACUGGGUGGUCGUCGUGGCAGGCGACAACAGAAGCAGACUGGCAGAUAUGAACGCCACGAUACGAAGAAUCGACCAGCUGACCAACAUCUUGGCCCCGAUGGCCGUCGGGCAGAUCAUGACCUUCGGCUCGCCGGUGAUCGGUUGCGGGUUCAUCUCUGGCUGGAACUUGAUAUCCAUGUGCGUGGAAUACCUGCUGCUCUGGAAAGUCCACCAAAAGACACCUGCCUUGGCCCACAAAGCCAGCAGCAAGAUCGAGGAGUCGGAACUGAAGCGACUGAACAGUCCAAAAGAGGGUGAAUCGAAGCCCAACGAAGGAGUCAAGUUAAUUGAAGGGAAAGACAUAAAUGUCUUCGAGCUUCAGGAGGAGGAGGUCUCUUGCUGGUCCCGGAUGGCGGAGCCGUUCAGUACUUUCCGGGACGGAUGGGUCGCUUACUACAACCAGCCAGUGUUUCUCGCGGGACUGGGCCUGGCGUUCCUGUAUAUGACAGUUUUGGGCUUCGACUGCAUCACCACGGGCUACGCCUAUACUCAGGGAUUGAGUGGUUCCACUCUAAGCCUCCUCAUGGGGGCGUCGGCCGUCACUGGAAUCAUGGGAACAGUGGCCUUCACCUGGCUGCGCCGCAGGUGUGGUCUGGUGCGCACGGGCAUCAUCUCCGGCAUAGCCCAGCUUGCCUCUCUGGUCUUCUGCGUGAUUUCAGUCUUCAUGCCAGGAAGCCCGUUGGACCUUUCCGUUUCCCCCUUUGCGGACAUCAGCGCCAGAUUGUUUGAAAGCAGCCCGCUUCCAACGAUGGCGCCCGAAGCGGUGGUCCCUGAAACGGCCUUUACAACCGCCAUGCCCCUCUUGGCAAAUGGAUCUGUGUUUGUCAAUGGGACUGAUCUGGGGACGGCUCCCAACCCGGUGCCUCUCGUCUCUGUUAGCCUCCUCUUUGCAGGAGUCAUCGCUGCUAGAAUUGGCCUUUGGUCCUUCGACCUGACUGUCACCCAGCUCCUCCAGGAAAACGUGAUCGAAUCCGAAAGGGGCAUCAUCAACGGCGUCCAGAACUCCAUGAACUACCUCCUGGACUUGUUGCACUUCAUCAUGGUCAUCCUCGCCCCCAACCCUGAAGCUUUUGGACUGCUGGUUCUUAUUUCCGUUUCCUUCGUCGCCAUGGGCCACAUCAUGUACUUCCGCUUUGCUCAGAAGACUCUGGGGAAUAGUGUCUUGCGGUGCUGUUCCCGCGAGCCGAAGGAGGACGGUGACGACCCUUCGCCUUCCGAUGCCCCCGAGGUCUCUAGUGCCUAGAGAGUGCCGUCUUAUGGCCCCGAGGGCAGCCGGCUCUCCUCAAGAGUAGGGGGUGCUCCAAGCUCCGACUGCCCAGACUCACAGUCUUUCCUCCACCCCACCCACCCGGACAGUCCUGACUCCACCCACCCAUUUACCCUUGGUCCAAGUUAUGGGUAUUUUCCAGCUAACCAUGACGCAGCUUAUUUAUUUACAAAGAGACUUUAUGAGGAGCUUAAAAAUUAACUACAAAUUAAAAGCAGAUUAGAUAGAAGGCACUCGUUUGGAAUGCUCUCAGAUCCUAGAAUUCACGUUUGGGGUGGGUGGGAGGUGGGUAGGAAGGAAAUUAAAGACCAAGGUAUUGCAUUAUGUGUGGAGUGACCAAGGGUCCCCCCCCCAUGUAACAUAGAUGUACUAUACGUCAAGGUGGGUAGCCGUGUUGGUCUG